AGGAGAAGAGAAGAAAGGAUCAGAUUUGACUCAUCAAAGAGGAAAACCAAACUUCGAGGAACCAAAGAUGUCCAAACCAGCAAGACGACACCUCUGCUCCCAAUGUGGAAAGAGUUUUAACCAGUUAGGAAGCCUGAAAGCUCAUGAGCGAAUACACACAGGGGAGUUGCCUUACCACUGCUCCCAGUGUGGAACUAGGUUUACCAGAUUAGGAAGCCUGAAAAGACAUGAGAGGAUACACACAGGAGCGAAGCCACACCAUUGCGCCCAGUGUGGAAAGAGUUUUAACAAGUUAGGAAACAUGAAAUCUCAUGAGCGAAUACACACAGGGGAGAAGCCUUACCACUGCUCCCAUUGUGGAAAGAGUUUUAGAGAGUCAGGAAACCUGAACGCUCAUAAGCGAAUACACACAGGGGAAAAGCCUUACCGCUGCUCCCACUGCGGAAAGCGUUUUAACCAUUCAGGAAAGCUGAAAGAACACAUGAGACUGCACACAGGGGAGAACCCUUGCAAAUGCUCAGACUGUGGGAAGACAUAUUACUCAUCACGGUCACUUAAACGUCAUGUGAGAAUCCACACGGGAGAAUAAUUACUUCUCCUCGUGUGUAAACUCAUGUUUCACAUCACAUUGACUUAAAAUUCAUCAGAGAACAUACACAGUGCUCCAAUUGUCUUAUAUUGUUGACUGAGAAUGUGUUUACUUGUUU